GAGAGAGCUAGGUAGCUAGAGGAAAGGGAGCAUAUAUACUAGGUAUACCUUCUUUCUUAGCUCGCUCUUGCUGCUGGCACUAGCUAAGGGAGGCAUGGAGCUUGACGAGGAGUCCUUCUUGGAUGAGCUCAUGUCGCUGCGGCGGGAGGGGGCGUCGCCGUGGCAGGCGGCGUACCAGGGCGGCGGCGGCAUGAUGAUGAGCGACCUCCUCUUCUACGGCGGCGAGGGACCCGAGGCGAGGGGCGGGAUGGACGCGUCGCCGUUCCAGGAGCUGGUGCCGCCCAUGGUGCCGCCGCCGGCAGCGCCUCAGCAUCCGCACGAGGAGUUCAACUUCGACUGCUUGAGUGAAGUCUGUAACCCGUACCGCAGCUGCGCCCUCGUCCCCUCGGAGGCGGCUAGCCAGACACAGCAGCCCACUCCGCUCCGCGAUGCAAUGGUGGCGGAGGAGGAGACGAGCGGGGACAAGGCGCCGCUCCAUGGCGGCGGCUCGUCGCCACCGACGUUCAUGUUUGGAGGAGGCGCCGGAGAGAGCUCGGAGAUGAUGGCCGGAAUCAGGGGCGUCGGCGGCGUCCACCCGCGGAGCAAGCUCCACGGCACGCCGUCGAAGAACCUCAUGGCCGAGAGGCGGCGUCGCAAGCGGCUCAACGACCGGCUGUCCAUGCUCCGUUCCAUCGUGCCCAAGAUUAGCAAGAUGGACAGGACCUCGAUCCUCGGGGACACCAUCGACUACGUGAAGGAGCUGACGGAUCGGAUCAAAACCCUCGAGGAGGAGAUUGGCGCCACGCCGGAGGAGCUCGACCUGUUGAACACGAUGAAAGAUUCCUCCAGCGGCGGCAACAAUGAGAUGCUCGUGAGGAAUUCAACAAAGUUCGACGUCGAGAGGCGGGGCAGCGGGAGCACGAGGAUCGAGAUAUGCUGCCCGGCCAACCCCGGCGUGCUGCUGUCGACGGUGAGCGCGCUGGAGGUGCUGGGGCUGGAGAUCGAGCAGUGUGUCGUCAGUUGCUUCAGCGACUUUGGCAUGCAGGCCUCCUGCUUACAAGAUGGCGGGAAGAGGCAAGUGGCCAGCACCGACGAGAUCAAGCAGACAUUGUUCAGGAGCGCUGGCUAUGGCGGAAGGUGUCUGUAGCUGGCUAGCUAUAUAAUCCAUUGAAUGCUGAUCGAGCACUGUGAGCAGGUACAGGUUGCAUAUGACCUUCAUCAUCCAUGAUAUAUAAUAGCUAUCCAUGCCUGCACUUUACUCCAGGAAUUAUACUAGAGUUAUCAUUUAUGAGUUCAUAUUCAUCAGCAGUACCUCGUUUCUGAACACCCCAGCAGCAAAUUAAAGGUUUGCUGCUCAAGUAUUGUAAGCUAAGCUUUGCAUUUGUGAAUCGGCACGGGAGAGACGUGUGAUUUGUCGAACAUUGGAUUUGAAUUAAACGCCAAGGUACCAAUUGUUUGUAUGUUUGCAUAAGUACUGCGAUGGCUUCUUUGUUUCUUCUGAAA